AUGCAAGAAAACAAUAGUCAAUCUGUUUAUACAUUGAAUAAUAAACAUAAUAAUAAUAAUGAAUCAUUGAUUAAUAAAUUUAAUGAUACUUCAAUACGUGCUGAAAUAAAUCAAUUUAUUCAACAAGUAAAUUAUUGGUUAAUGAUUGUUGAACUUUGCAUGGUUUUAUUUGGAGUAUUAGGAAAUAGUCUUGCACUUAUUGUUAUUAAUCGUCGUUCAUUACGUCAUACAUCAUCAAGUGUAUUUAUAACAUAUUUAGCUAUAUUUGAUUCAUUAGUUCUUAUUGUUCAUUUUACAUGUUUAAUAACAUUACACACAAUAAAAUCAUUUAUUGUACAUUGCUUUUUUACUUAUUUAACAGAUUUUAUUACAUUUACUAGUGUUUGGAUUAUGGUUAUCAUGACAAUAGAACGUUGUAUUGCAGUUCAUUCACCAUUUUUAGCCAAACGUUUUUGUACAAGGAAGCAUGCACGUCAUGCAAUGUAUAUGCUGAUAUUUUUUGCAUUUGCUUUCUUUUCUUUAACAUUUCCAUUGGUAUAUACAAUAGAUAAAAGACAUGAAAAAUGUGGUGUUCGUAAACAGUAUCAAACAUUAUUACGAAUUAUAAAACCAACAAUGUUUUAUUUUAUACCUGACCUUAUAUUAUUAUUUAAUUUAUUUAUCAUUUAUCAAUUAUUUAUGGCUAAACGACAACGAACACAAACAUUAAUGAAUCCCGAAAAUGCUACACAUCAAAUAUAUGCAAUUUCAUUCAAUAGACAACAACAGCAAUUAACUAUUAUGCUUGUUACAGUUUCAUUAAGUUUUUAUUUAUUUACAACACCAGCUAUUAUUGAUUAUAUACUUCAGAGAAAGCCACCCAAUUACCGAGAUGCUAAACGACUUAAAAUGCGGUUUUUAAGAAGUAAUUUAACUGUUGUUUGGCUUCAAAUGAGUUCAGCAACUAAUUUUUUAUUUUAUUAUUUGUGUGGUUCAAAAUUUCGUGCAGCUUGUUUACAAACAUUGACUGAGAUCUCUGACUAUAUACAAGUAAAAUUUGGUUGUAAUGAUCAAAGAUCACGAAGUUCUAGUAAUCCGCAAACAACUUCAACACUUGCCAUGGAAAUGCGUCCUGAAAUGCAUUAUGAUCAUCGACAUAAAGUCCGAUCUAAUUCUAUACUUCAAACUUAUCAAUACAGUAAUUCAUCAAAACGAACAAGUAAUGAUACAAUUACAAGUUCACAUUUAAAUAGCAGACGAACAUCGAGAUGUGUAUAA